ACCGCCAUGGCAAACGGACGGCCACCCGGCAAAACGACAAAACAAAAGCCAUGCUUAUGAACGGCAGAACGGCAGAACGGCGCGCAUCCUCGCCGCCAACACCGAGGCCGCGAGGCCGUCCCCAAGGCUACAUUGUUGGGGCGGCACCCCGGGUACCCAAGCCCGCCUCCCCGCGCCUGUAUUGCCUGCAUUGCCCCGGCAUGCGGCCAUACCAGGGAAUGCACGCUGGCGACGCUGGCCCGGACUGCGGACGGCGUUUCCCUUGGCGGCGGCAAAGUUGGGGAGCAUUCGCGCGGACGUACGCAGCCACCGCCCCUUGGCGCCAAAUCUAAUAUCAAGUUCUAUUUCAGACACAACGGCGUAAGCAGGGCAAGCAAGGCAAGCAGGGCCUACACCAACAUUUUGCCCGCAACGAUAUUUACAGUCCGUCUGCUUCGCGCUUCGCGGGGCGGGCACUGCCGGGGUAGCGCGGCGUAAUAGCGUAGCCUCAAGAGUUUCACAACUUUGCGAAGAUUUUUGCCGCGCUCGGCGGCCGCGUUCAAAGACAUCAUGCCGGGGAAGAACGCGCCCGCCGUGGGCAUCGACCUGGGCACCACGUACUCGUGCGUGGGCGUGUGGCAGCACGGCAAGGUGGAGAUCAUCGCCAACGACCAGGGCAACCGCACCACGCCCAGCUACGUCGCCUUCACGGACUCGGAGCGGCUCAUCGGGGACGCCGCCAAGAGCCAGGUGGCGAUGAACCCCAAGAACACGGUGUUCGACGCCAAGCGACUCAUCGGCCGGCGCUUCGACGACCCCAAGAUCCAGGCGGAUAUGAAGCACUGGCCGUUCACCGUAGUCAACGACGGCGGCAAGCCCAAGAUCACGGUCGAGUACAAAGGCGAGCAGAAAACGUUCGCGCCCGAGGAGGUGAGCUCUAUGGUGCUGACCAAGAUGAGGGAGAUCGCCGAGACGUACCUGGGCGGCAAGGUUUCUGACGCCGUGGUCACCGUCCCGGCGUACUUCAAUGACAGCCAGCGACAAGCUACUAAAGACGCCGGUGCCAUCGCGGGCCUCAACGUGCUCCGGAUCAUCAACGAGCCCACCGCCGCAGCCCUCGCCUACGGGCUCGACAAGAACCUCAAGGGCGAGCGUAAUGUCCUCAUCUUCGACCUGGGUGGCGGCACCUUCGACGUCUCCGUGCUCACCAUCGACGAGGGCGCCCUGUUCGAGGUCAAGUCCACCGCGGGAGACACCCACCUCGGAGGCGAAGACUUCGACAACCGCCUCGUGACGCACUUCGCCGACGACUUCCAGCGCAAGUUCAAGAAGGACCUGCGCGGCAACACACGUGCGCUGCGACGCCUGCGCACCGCGUGCGAGCGCGCCAAGCGCACGCUGUCAUCCAGCACGGAAGCCUCCAUCGAGAUCGACGCGCUGCACGACGGCGUCGACUUCUACUCCAAGAUCACGCGCGCCCGCUUCGAGGAGCUGUGCAUGGACCUGUUCCGGUCCACGCUCGCCCCGGUGGAGAGGUCGCUCCAGGACGCCAAGAUGGACAAGACGGCCAUCCACGACGUGGUGCUGGUGGGCGGCUCCAUCCGCAUCCCCAAGAUCCAGAAGAUGCUGCAGGACUUCUUCUGCGGGAAGGCGCUCAACCUGUCCAUCAACCCCGACGAGGCGGUGGCGUACGGCGCGGCGGUGCAGGCGGCCAUCCUGUCCGGAGACACGUCCUCGCAGAUCCAGGACGUGCUGCUCGUGGACGUGGCGCCCCUCUCGCUCGGCAUCGAGACGGCGGGCGGCGUCAUGACCAAGCUGGUGGAGCGCAACAGCCGCAUUCCGUGCAAGCAGCAGCAGACCUUCACCACCUACUCGGACAACCAGCCGUCCGUCAACAUCCAGGUGUACGAGGGCGAGCGCGCCAUGACUAAGGACAACAACCUCCUCGGUACGUUCAACUUGACGGGCAUCCCGCCCGCACCCCGCGGCGUGCCCAAGAUCGAGGUGACCUUCAACAUCGACGCCAACGGCAUCCUCAACGUGUCGGCCAAGGACACGAGCACGGGCCGCUCCGAGAGCAUCACUAUCCAGAACGACAAGGGUCGCCUGUCCAAGAGCGAAAUCGAGCGCAUGCUGGCGGAGGCCGAGAAGUACCGCGACGAGGACGAUAAGCAACGCGAGCGAGUCGCGGCGCGGAACGCCCUCGAGAGCUACACGUUCGGCGUGAAGCAGGCGGCCGAGGACGCGGCGGCGGGCAAGCUCAGCGACGACGACAAGAAGACCGUGUCGGCCAAGUGCGGCGCGGUUUUGUCCUGGCUGGACUCCAACACGCUUGCCGAGAAGGACGAGUUCGAGGCCAAGCUUAAGGAGCUCCAGGCCGAUGUGGGCCCCAUCAUGCUCAAGCUGCACCAGGGCGCAGGUGGUGGUGCGGGGGCUGGGGCGGGGGCGGGUGGCAAGGGACCCACUGUGGAAGAAGUCGACUAG